UUAUGCCAGGAUUCGAUCGACUGGAGGAAUUCGAAAUAUUUUGAAAAGCUCCUCUUGAACCUUUGCGCGGUGCAGAAGUGCUGAGCAAGACGCCGUCCCCGGUGAGCAUGGCUGCUGAAAAGGUUCGCGAACCUCAAAGCGGCCAUGCCGUGAUGCAACUUCUGGAAGGUCUGGAGAGUCUCGUAAACAAACUCCCUGAUGAGACUUCAGACAAGGAGCUCCGUUCUUACUGCGCCCUGCUUGAAGACACAGCUCGAAUCGCCGACACCUUGGCCCGACUCUUGGAGAUGUACUCCGUUGAGCCGUAAGCCGGGCAACGCAUCUUAUGAUCCAGAGCUGGAAGCAACUGGAGAGCUGACAAGCCCUGAAAGAUUUCAUCCGUGAUCUUCUGCAAGAACGCCUGCAUCAAAGGCGGCUCCGUGUAGCUCAUUCUGCUUUCAUUUUUCUGCGGCGAUCACGUCUGAUUUAAUCUUCGUUCACAUUUCUAUUUGUUGCUGAUAUGUCCUAAAUAUCGAUAUUUUCCUCUCAAGGAGGCAUCCUUAUCCAGUUAGUGUCGCAGCAUUUCCGCAUCGUACGCGUACUUAGUAUACUGAAUAUUUUGCCAUUAUCAUCACAUCGUGACAUUUAUCGGAUGACCUUUCGAGGAUCUCGCUAUUUUUGUUGCAUUCAGAAGGAUUGCAUUUUACUCGAAGCAUAGGUGAAUAGGUACGCUUGAAGUUGUUCCCUUAGAUUCAUUAGCCAGAAUUUUACGUGAUUCUGGGAGAUGUCGCAUUGUCAAAUAAGCAGCUGUUCUAGGUUCAGUAUUGCUCCUCUUUGCUUUUCCUUCUGUCACGUAGAACAUAAAUACGUAUAGCUAUAUGUUGAAAUGCUUUUUUUCUCUGUAGACAAUCGGAAUGAUUUAAUCAUUGUGAACUGAUGGGAAGUGUGUAAAUCUGUUUUAAGCACAGCUCAUUCCGCCUGAUUCAGAGGUCGAAUUUCGUAUUUAAGAGAAUUUAGUUGAGCGCUAUCUUUGUUUACAUUUGUAUUGCUUUGAUUUGCCAGCAAAACAGCGGCGACAUCAAGGCUAUUUUUUUAACAGUCUUCGGACUCCUCGCGUGCAGAGUUUAAUGAGCUCGAGCAAAUGGUAGUCAAAAAGUUGCGAUGGUUUCCAUUACUUGGAGGGUUUCAGUUGCCGGUUUGUGUCAGAUCAUUUCGCUUAGCAGUCAAAUAAAUUUACAUUCAGCUGCACAGCA